AGACUGGUCACGCCUCUCUCUCCCGACAGCGGCUGCCCACCGGAACCAACGGAGCCAGCGGUACAGCUCCGCAGCCCUCCUCUGUCCGUAGCCAUUGUAUAUCAUUUGUUCCAGCCAUGCCGUCAAUGCCCAGAUCCUCGCUUUUUGUCCCUCCGGUGUCUCCUGCCUAUAUGCCGUCUGGAGUCCGCUCUCUGGCAGCUGCUGCACCCGCAGGUAGCGCUAAACUUACUCACCCGGGGAAAGCUAUUCUGGCAGGAGGCAUUGCUGGUGGGAUAGAAAUUUGCAUCACAUUUCCUACAGAAUAUGUCAAGACGCAGCUGCAGUUGGAUGAGAAAGCAAAUCCUCCAAGAUACCGGGGCAUAUAUGACUGUGUAAAACAAACAGUGCAAGGCCAUGGGGUGAAAGGACUGUAUCGGGGGCUCAGUUCUCUUCUGUAUGGAUCAAUCCCAAAGGCAGCAGUACGUUUUGGGAUGUUUGAAUUUCUCAGCAAUCACAUGCGAGAUGCUGAUGGGAAGCUGGACAGUAAACACAGUUUACUUUGUGGUCUUGGGGCUGGUGUGGCUGAGGCUAUUGUUGUAGUUUGUCCCAUGGAGACUAUUAAGGUGAAGUUCAUUCAUGAUCAGUGCUCACCAAACCCAAAGUACAGAGGAUUUUUCCAUGGAGUGAGGGAGAUAAUCAGGGCUCAAGGUAUAAUGGGGACAUAUCAGGGACUGACAGCUACAAUACUAAAGCAAGGAUCCAACCAAGCUAUUCGCUUCUUUGUCAUGACGUCCCUCAGAAAUUGGUAUAGAGGGGACAACCCUAACAAGGCAAUGAAUCCGCUGGUGACUGGUGCGUUUGGAGCCAUUGCUGGUGCUGCUAGUGUAUUUGGGAACACUCCACUAGAUGUUGUGAAGACUAGGUUGCAGGGUCUAGAAGCUCAUAAAUACAAGAACACCUUGGAUUGUGCCUAUAAGAUCCUUAAGUAUGAAGGACCCCGGGCAUUCUACAAGGGGACAAUCCCUCGACUGGGGCGUGUGUGCCUGGAUGUGGCCAUCGUGUUUAUCAUUUAUGAUGAGGUGGUGAAAGUUCUUAACAAGGUGUGGAAGACAGACUGAUACCAGAGGGCAUACAGUCAUGCUUGACUUUUAUGUGCCAAAAGUUUUUGUCAAGCAGUGCUCAAUCCCUUGGUACCAAAACAUUCCUGUCCCUUCCAUCCAAAGAUACUGAUCCAUUUCCUUUCUUUUUACUCCUGCAUUCUCAGUGGUAGUUUGUCCUAUUACCCAUGUGCUGCCUGAAGUGCAUUUAAAGCAACAGUGCACUGCAUGCAGUGUGUUGCUCAUAGCCCAAACUGCAGUGGAUGGGUUUACGGGCCUUGGGGUGUUUUAGCACUCCCCAUCUUUUACUUUUUGUGUGUUGUGGUCUUAUGUGUAUUUUAAAUAAAUAUAUAAUAUAAUCACACACACUGAAACAAAAAUACUCCUUCAGGAUUAUCACCAUCUUUUAACAAUCCCUUAAAAAGAAAAAUGUCAACAUAGCUCUCCUGCUUCUUGCAACACUACUUGAUGUUUAGUUGAAGGUGGUUUUUAAUUUGAAUGUGCUUGAAUGUUUCUGAUUUUUUUUUUAAAAAAGCAUGACAACUAAUUUUAUUUUAACUUUUAGUAGUUUUUUUUAGUUAGAUAUUAAGUUUAUUUCAGAGAAUUUUUGCAUCUGAAUUAGAGAAAGACAGGGAUAAUUCAUAAUGUCCGUGGCCCCUUUUAAUGAGUCAGGAUAGAGGAAUUGUGUCUGCCCUCUAUUCUUUCCAUGGUGGUUCUUUUUUUUUCCCUUUUGAACCAUUUUAUUUGUUAAUAAAUAGUGGGAAACCAUAUCUGUGCCAACUCUACGGUGCUCCAUAUAUUGCCAGAGAGAUUGCAUUUUGCAUUUAUAGAGCAUGGGCCUUCCUAGUGUCAGUACAUUGUCACUCUGAAAGAUGAAAUUGCUACACAUCACCAUGCUUGUUUAUCACAGAAAGUUCUUUACAGUGGACCAGGCUGGGCUUAUUUACUAAAAUAUAUUUUUGUAUAUUGCAACAAUAUCAUAAAUGUGAUCUUUUUGUGGAUGUGCCAUUAAUCCAACACCAAAAUGCAGUUCAGCUAUAAAAAUGUCCGUCGUAUGUAAAUUCAAACAAGGUGCAAAUUAAUGCCUCGAUGAGUGAUUUCUAACUUUCCAGAUUAAAUACAUUACAAAUAAAUUAUUUUUUAAAAUGUUGCAUCCUGUGUGUACAAAGAAGAAAACUAUUUAAAAGGAGCUAAGCAAGAAUUUGUAUGAGUAUGAGCCAGACAAGGGUGUUUGUAUUGUAGAAAAAUCCAGAAAGUUGCAAGUUAUAAUUCCAUAGAUUUGUCAAGCCUUGUUUUAGGAAGAAAGGAUUCCUAAGGUUUAUGCCAUUUGCAUGAUUUGGGUCACUUUUAAAAACAAACUAAGAACAUUGUAUCUAAAUAGAGCAAAGAAAUGGAAGCCAAAAUGUUGGCAUCUAUUGAUAAUUUUCAUUUGAAAUAUGGUACAUUCAUAUAUCCAUUAUACAUCUGUCCAGUAAAAUACCUCACAGCCUUUCAGUGCAAAAAGGCAGAGUAGACCAUAUGAUAGCAAAAGUAAGUCCCUGGUCUUUGGUGCUAGGAGCAUCUGCCUCCUUAUUUAUAGGUAUUCUUACGUCUUGUUCAAUCUACCUAUAAUAUUACUUGAAUGAUACAGUAUAGUUUUAGCUUUUGUGAGCUUUUAUAUACGUCCAUAAUGUUUACAGAUUUGCCAAAGAAUUUAUCCAGAAAUAUGACAAAUGUAUUUUAUUUUUAAAGCCUUUUUUUAAAUCUAUUAUAUAUGUGCAUAUGCAAGCUUGGAAAUAAUAGUAACUGUGGUUUUGUUGCUCAUCUCUCGUUAACUACCAAGGUUUUUUCAGAGAUUCACAGCAUGACUCAUGCCCCAUUAUCUGCAUUCACUUUAUUUUUUUGUCAUUUGUUUAAUCUAUACGAGAUGUGCUUUUAUGAUUUAAAGAAUAGAUUAAGUUGUUGCUUUUAUAUAUUACCUACCUCAACAGCAGAGUGACCUGUGUGUUAUUGUGCUGACUGUAAGUCCCACAACACACUUCCUAAUCAACAUGCACUGUAAACAUAUUCCUGACAAACACAACCUUACAUAAGGCAAUGGAACUUUAUGCAUUAUUUUAUUGACUGAGUAAGACGACACAAGCUUUUGUGGAAACACAAACUAUAAACAUGAAAUUAAUAAAAAUUAUAAAUGAGACGAGAAGUAAAGGUAUAAACAUGAUAGCCAUAAAGUAAGCUUAAAGGGACAUGAAACCCAAAAUUUUUCUGUCAUGAUUCAGAUAAAGAAUAUAAUUUUAAACAACUUUCUAAUUUACUUCUAUUAUCAAAUCUGUUUCAUUCUCUUGGUAUCAUUUGUUGAAGGUGCAGCAAUGCACUAAUGGUUUCUAACUGAACUCAUGGUUGAGCCAAUCACAUUCAAUAUAUAUAUGCAGCCACCAAUCAACAGCUAGGACCUAAGUUCUCUACUGCUCAUGAACUUGCCUAGAUAAACCUUUCAGCAAAUGAUAACAAGAGAAGGAAGCAAAUUAAAUAAUAAAAGUAAAUUGAAAAGUUGUUUAAAAUUGUAUUCUCUAUCUGGAUCAUGAAAAAAAUAUUUUGGGUUUCAUGUCCCUUUAAUGUAUAUAUUAAAUUGACUUACUAAAAACUACCAGUCCAUUUAUUUACCAUGAAAUGUGCUUCACAAAUGGCAAUGUUCUGACAAAUUUUAAAGGGGCAAAAAGUCUUUGUUGCAUCUAAAAGAGAGCAUUUUAAAAAAUAACAUGACAAUGGCUUUUGUAAAAGGGAUGUUCCUAAGCUGAUACAGUGUUGCUUUUAUGCUUGUGAUGCUUGUCUCCAUCCACCAAUAAAGCAGCAGGACUUCUGCUCAUCAGCCAUUGAGGAAUCAGACCCCAAGUCCAAAUUCAUGCUUAAAUAGUGCUCUUUGAUAUGCAUGGAAGUAAGUAUAUGUCCCUUCAAAAUUAUGGAAUGUAGUAAGCUUAAAGGGACAUUAAACCCACACUUUUUAUUUAAUGAUUUAGACAAAGAAUACAAUUUUAAACAACAUUCUUAUUUAUUUCUAUUAUCUAAUUUGAUUAAUUCUUUAGAUAUCCUUUGUUAAAGAAAUAGCAAUGCACAUGGGUGAGCCAAUCACAUGAAGCAUCUAUGUGCAGCCACCAAUCAAGAGCUACUGAGCCUAUCUGGAUAUGCUCUUCUGGAAAGAAAAGCAAGAGAAUUAAGCAAAUUAGAUAACAGAAGUAAAUUAGAAAGUUGUUUAAAAUAGUAUUCCCUAUUUGAAUCAUGAAAGUAAAAAUUUGGGUUUAAUGUCCCUUUAAAAUGGUCUCUAUUGAAUAUAAAUCCAUAUUCAGGGUUGUUUUUAAUGGGGCUUAGGUGUGUGAUACUGUGAGUAUUGUGUUAUAAUGUGCAAAGUUUUAUCAGAACUUUAAAUUGUCAUAAGUAUGCUGCCCUAUAGGUACGUGUGUGUGUGUGAUACGGAUGCAAAUAUGUCUGAUGUCAGGGAGAAUAGGUAUUAGUAGGAUUUCUCACUUAUCUCAAGCCCCAGAAUAAUAAUAUCCUAACAGUGCCCCUGUUUCUCAUAAUUUCAGCACUUUUAGUAUUCAGUCAGCCCUGUUUUGGGUACUGUCCACCUUAGCUAUGAUCCUUUUUCUAUUAAUUAUUUGUAUAGCACCACAACCACUGCAAAGCAUUGUCAGGCAGAUUCACUUAAAAAGCACGGAAGCACCAUUCAAGAUAAUAUGGAAUGAGGGGUUUAGUUAAUACACGUUAGCCAUUAUUCAGUUGCCAAAUUAGUAGAUAAUUGAUGUCAGUUCUAAUUCCUGUGGAAGGGAAGGUGGGUAUUACUCACAUGAACCCGUAAUGUGCAUGUUUGGUAGAGGUUUAUUAUUUUACAGUAUGGAAUAGCAUUUGUAAGCAUAAUAUGUAAAGCUAUGUAUAAUUGCCUGGUAUUUCGGCGCUGGACUGACCAUAAUAAGCGGGAUCAGACUGAUAUACUACAGGAAAGUUCUACUCUGUGAAAAGCAGUACUGAGCUAAAAGAAGCUGCACCCAGGUGGUAAAUCGCCAUAGAACAGGCUAACAAUGGUAUUGAGCUGGUUGUUUGUUCCUGUGAGUGCAUUUCUCUCUCUAUGUGUGUGUGUAUAUAUAUAUAUAUAUAUAUAUAUAUAUAUAUAUAUAUAUAUAUAUAUAUAUAUAUAUAUAUAUAUAUAUAUAUAUAUAAAAUUGCAAGCCCCAUCUACAUGAAUAAAAAAAAAACCUAUGCAGUUAGCAAAAGUAGAUUUUCCCAGUCAGUACUUUAACGAAACUGUGAAAUGGGCAAUAUAUUUUAUUAUUCUAUUUUAAUGAAACCAGUAAAAACUGAAUGAGGCUCUUUUUAGUGUUUACAACAUCGCUGUUCUUCUUAAUGGGACAUAAAAGUUACUGCAGCAAAGGAGGGUUUUUAAAUGUUUUACUUACCUGUCUCCAGACAGUUCAGAACCUAUAGGACCAUAACUCAAAUUUUGUGGGCAGUGAUUUGCCUUCAAUGUUAUAUUCCUUUGUUUUUCUUGGUGCUUUUUAGCAGUUUCUUCAUAUAGACUUGUCUUAGUUGUUUAGAUUUUUAAUCCUCUUUAAUAGUGUAGGUAAUAUACAGUGUUUUGUAGCCCAUACUGUGAUUUAAACCUUAGUAUGAAAGUUCAGCAGAUUGUAUUAGUUUCUACUCUUUUCUUUUUUUCUGUUUGGAAAGUUCCUUUAAGAAUAAUUAGAAAUUCCUAAUCAGCUGAGAGAUUUCACUACCAUUAGAGCACUCAGUUACAUGGUCAGUGUUGGGAAAAUCUAAUUUUUUAGUUGAUACUACUGAGCAGAUAGUGUGUGUCUCACUGACAAUAUGCAUUGUGUUGUAACACUGGGUUAAAUGGUACUAUCACUCACCUCUGCAUAUAUAUAUAGAUAUGUAUGGGUAUACAGCAUUAUGUAUGGGUGAGUAAACUUAUCAACCUAAAUGUAUAUUAUAAAAAUAUUUAAUUUUGACAAAAAAAUGGAACAUCUUCUUAAAGAACUUGUCUCGUGUGUAUGUCAUCUACAUCUUGGUUUCAUAGGGCAUUCCACACAAAGUAAAGAGGUUAACAAAUAAAAAUAAAAAAAACUGACUUUGCUCAUGAUGUUGGUCAAAUGAAGCUGUUAUUAAUAGUGCAUAUUUCUUCUUAUUGAAAUAUCUUCUGCAUUUUAUGUAAUCUCUGUUUCCAGUACAGCUUAAUUCAUCUCAUUGUGUAUGUCUGUUAUUGUGUAUUAAAGUGAAAAUUUAUUUA